CUUGAAAUCUUCAAACAAAUCCGUGAUACAGCGGCAAUAUACCACAACUAUCUCCUCAAGCUUCAAUCUCCUGCACCGGUACCCAAGAAACAAAAAGACUUACAAUUCAAAAUAACACAUUCGCUUCAAAUGACGUAUCGAACUGUUGAAGGGCUG